UUUCGUUGGCGGGUUCAUGCCGGCUGCAUGCGCGAGACCUUCGCCAAAGACUAAGUUAUGUGCUGAGCAAGUGACAGUUUGUUGACAGAAGCCAAAAGCCGAGCUGUUAAGGCCGUCACAUCUCGCACUGUCAUGCUGAAACGGAGCUGAAAUUUGCCGAAUCAGAAAUGUUAAGAUGGCUUGGACCGCGAAAGGCCCUGACGCCGAGCGACGGUCAAGCAGAUCCUAUCCCAAGCAUCCUCCAAGACGAAGACGUCACCGACGACCCCCUCGCUGCUUUAGACACCCACCGGAAAGGACUGAAGCAAAUCUACUCAGUCAGCAGGUCAGUCUUCUUGCCCAGAGUUAGUCUCAAGAACACUUGUAACACUGACAAUGAAAUUUGCUGUUCGCCACAGGGGGUAAACCCUCUUUUUUGCGAUGCCCCUCAAAAACCCUCUCGUCAACGAAGCCCCCAACCAGGCGAAAAAUCUACAUCCUCGGGAUAUGGAAGUAGUCUAGACCAGUUCUACUCUGAUCCAAAACUCCGUGAUGAGAAUGAACAAACCCAAAAUUUUGUCAAGUCAAUAAAACUCAAUCGUGUUGGAAAAAACAACCGGUCACUCCCAUCAUCUGGAUCUUCUGCUGGUACUUUAACCACCAUUCCCGAAGGUCGCGUUGACCUCCCUAUCCCCAAACCCAUUUGGCCAGACAAGAAACUCCACGAUUCUCUCGUCGACGACGCUCUUCUCCGAUAUACCAGCUUCAACCACCAGCAGGACUUCACCUCCACUGACCGCUUAGACGUCUCUGUUAAAGAAGUCCUCGUGGAACUUCUCAAUGGCAUCAACGCCACCAUGGAUGGAAGCACCGGCUUGACACCAGAAGAAAUGCUUAAAUCCGUUAACGAAAAAAUUGCCGCUAGUAUUGAACUUUUGCGCUUGACAACCGAAGAAGAAAUGAAGAAACUGUGCAUCAACUUGAGCAACUGUAGGAAAAUUAAUUCGGUUCUCCGGGCAUUCAGUAACUCUCCAGAACGAACUGUGAGUGACACCGACGAGUUGUACCAGAUUCCCUCGGGAUCGUCGAGUAGUGGUUUUAGUGAUUUGAAUGCUCUCCCGGUUUUUAUCCAUGAAGACUUGGGGAGUGUGCCGAACGGGGUGAGGAAUGCGAUGAUCUACGGAACUCUGUAUCGGGGCAAGAACCUCGGGUGUAAACCCGUCAAAGACACUUCUCCGAAGAGGACUUCGCUGAGGGAUGUCAACGACAACAAGCCGAGUGUGUGGGAGCAGUAUUAUGGGGUGAGGGCGGUGCAGGAAGGGGAGGUGAAAUAUGUGGCAAAACCAACGGAUGUCCCUCUUUUUCCUGGGGGCCGGCCUGAGGCGGACUUCACUCUGGACGUUCCUCGGUCUGAGCUGCUGUCCAAACGCAUGAAGCAGGACAAGAAAUGGCGAUGCCGGUGUCGGCUGCUCACCUCCUUCCUGGGGCUGAUCUUCUUUCUGCUGUCUGUGAUGGCUGUGAGUCUGAUGCUCACCCGAGGCAAGCGCAUGUUCGGUUCGAUGAUGUGACCAAAAUUUCUUGUGAUAUUCGACGUUUUAUCACAUUGAUGCACCGAAAUACUGCCAUAUGUUUGCUCAUUUUGCAGGUGCCAAAUGCUAGUUACCACGAUUUUGCAGUAUUAGUCCUGAUGGGCUAUUAGAGUUGUGAUAAAAUUAUAGUGUCAUUUAGGUCUUUAGAGUGAUUGUAAGUCGACGUUUGCUACGAAUCGGGGGAUUUGAGGCAAAUGGAGGCAUUAUUUUUCUUUAAAAACAAAUUUUUAACUUAUUGAUUCAGGUAUUUUUUAUUCAGUUUUAAGAAAUGUAUUUAAUUAAGAGAUAUGUUGAAAGUUUGAGUGUAAGUUAAUGUGUAAAUGAUGUAUCAAACAUGAUUUGUGUGCAAAUUAUUGUAUAUAUUGUAAUAAAUAAACAAUUAAACAGU